UGGGCCAAUACGAUCAACAACCCGCGCUAAUCUCCCCCUUUCGUUGCUCCCGACUCCGAAAAUGAAAUUACGCAGUGGCUGAUAUAGCGAUACUCAUCCAGAGACAAACCAAGUGAUCGUCGCAUCCCCACGAGCCCUGAGUCCUGACAACUCUUUCCCCCCAUUGUUUUCGUUACGUCUUUACUGUGGUUUCGUCGUUUUGAAGUCUAUGACCCAUUUGUUGCUGGGCAUUACCACUUCAACUUCCAUUCUUGUUCGUCUUGCCCGUAAACUGUUUGAUAAUCUGUUUCACUGACAAUGAUAAAAAUGUAUAAUUAGUAGAUACGGAAGGGGUACCACAGGCAUGGGGUCUCGCCUACAGGUUGAAGGGGAUGAGUCGGUUCUUUUAUGCGUAACGCAUUCUAACCUCAGGAGUUUCUCUGCUGAUGUUCGCUUUUCUCUUCAGAUGACAAUUGAAGCUGUAAAAGAGAAGCUCUGGAAGAAAACUGGUACUUCUGUUAAUUCGAUGUGCCUUGAGCUAUAUGAUGACACCAGAACUAAAGUUUCAGAUCUUUAUGACAACUCAAGACCUCUUGGUUUUUAUUCCCCACAAGAUGGGUUUCGAUUGCAUGUUAUUGAUCUUGAUCCUUCGUCAGUAACGUCUGGUGGCUUGUUGGAAGACACUUCAUUAGUGGAGAAAUACAAAAUAUCGGAAGAAGACUAUGAUAAACGUGAUGCCACUUUUAGGAAGUUCAAAGAAAAGCUGGCCCAUCAAACUCCUCCUGCUCAUGAAACCAAAAUAUCAGACAAUUACAUGGAGGAACUAUGUGCAAACAUCAAGGUUGGAGAUAGAUGUCAAGUUGAACCAGGAGAGAAAAGGGGUGUUGUCAAAUUUGUUGGCAGAGCAGUGACUAUUGGACCUGGUUUCUGGGUAGGAGUCCAAUAUGAUGAACCAUUAGGGAAACAUGACGGCAUGGUUAAAGGAACAAGGUACUUUGAUUGCCCACCGCUUCAUGGUGCAAUGGUCAGACCAGACAAAGUAAAGGUCGGUGACUACCCAGAACGGGAUCCCUUUGAGGAAGACGAAAUUUGAGUAAAAUGAUGGAGAAGGCACUUGGGUGAGUUCUGUUUCAACAUUAUUGUUUGUACCAUGGCAUUAACCAAAUUUGAAGGCUUUAGGUGAGAAGUUUAUGAAGAGACUUUUGAGAGUUGGAAUUUGGUUUGACUAAUACUCGUUCAUAUAUGUUGAAAGAAUGAUGACAAACAACUCCAGUUACAGACAAGAGGCUUAUUGUAGAUGGGUCAAUCUUAUCAAAGUCUUCAUUUCUAAAAGAUAUGUAUUUUCAACUGUUGGCUGGAAAAUAAGUGAUAUGGACACUGGAAGUAGAAUCACGGGGAGCUCUGAAG